AUGUCUGUACAAGAAACUGAAACAGAAGUUAUUUUGACACAUCCAGAUAACAAGGCAACUACCGUCAAGAUUCUUAAAUACGGUGCCACUGUGUAUUCCUGGACACUAGCUGGCCAAGAACAACUAUGGUUAUCUACCGCAGCUCACAUGGACGGUUCUAAGCCAGUAAGAGGUGGUAUUCCAUUGGUUUUCCCAGUCUUUGGUAAAAAUGAAACUGAUGAAUUGUUGAGCAAAUUACCACAACAUGGUCUAGCUAGAAAUUCUACGUGGGAAUUCUUGGGUCAAACUAAGAGUAACCCACCUACCAUUCAAUUUGGUUUGAACAAAAACAUUGCCAACCCAGAAAUGACUAAGUUAUGGAGCGAAGAAUUCAACUUAAUCCUGACAAUUGAAUUAGGUGCCGAUUUCUUAAAGACUGCAAUUGAAAUCGAGAAUCCAUCUACUUCCAAGGAUUUGAAGUUCAAUUGGUUGUUCCAUACUUAUUUAAGAAUUCCAGAUAUUGAAGAUACUAUGAUCUCUAAUCUUGUGGGUAUGAAAGUUCAUGAUAAAUUAUUACAGGAAGCAUUCAUCGACAAACAUCCAGUUAUUCAAUUUCAUCAAGAAACAGAUGUUGUUUACGAAAAGGUCACCGAAGAACGUGUUGUCCAAGUUGUCAGACAAGGUCAUCCUCUACAUACUGUCAAGAGGGAUAACCUACCUGAUGUUGUCGUCUGGAACCCAUGGACUGAAAAAUCUGGUAAUAUGGCCGAUUUUGAACCAAAGUCUGGUUUCAAAGAAAUGGUUUGUAUUGAACCUGGUUAUGUUACUGAUUUUGUUACUUUACAACCAGGUAAGAAAUGGAAUGCCUCUCAAAUUUUAUCCAAGGAUAAAUUGAAGUACCAAGCAAUUCAAUAG